CUGUUAUAUAGGCGCUGCUCUUCCUGUAAAGGUUUCAGUGAAAAUGAAACUAAAGAAGUGGCUCUGAAACAUUUUUUUCUCUUGGAACAACAAGAUUUUUAUUUCGGCAGUCUGAGAUCACAGCUGACACUCACAGCCUCAAGAAGAGAAAAGCAAUGGCAGAAUCUUUAUCAAAACCAGCUGAGACCAGGAGACAAAGUCACCCUUCGACGACUCUUUCAGAGGAGCUUAAGUGCUCGAUCUGUCUGGAUGUGUUCACUGAUCCAGUCAGCACUCCAUGUGGACACAACUUCUGUAAGAGCUGCCUGAACCAGUGCUGGAACAACAGUCAGACCUACAACUGUCCGUUCUGUAAAGAAGCGUUCAGUAAAAGACCAGAGCUGAAGAUCAACACUGCUCUCAGACAGGUUGUGCAGCUCUUUAAGGAAAAGCCUGGUCUGACUAAACCUGAGGUUCUCUGUGACAUCUGUGAUGAUAUAAAGCUGAAAGCCUUGAAGAUGUGUCUGGUGUGUCAAAAUUAUUACUGUCAAACUCACCUGGAGCCUCAUCACAGAGUCCAAAAUUUAAAGAAACACAAACUGAUCGAUCCUGUUGAGAAUCGUGAGGACUAUAUAUGUCAGAAACACGAGAAACCUCUGGAGCUGUUCUGCAGAGAUGAUCAGACGUGUGUGUGCUUGCUCUGUGCUGUAACAAACCACAGGAAUCAUAACACUGUAGCUGUAGAAGAGGAGAGCGGAGAGAGAAGGCCUCAGCUGAUGAAGAUGCAGACGGACGUGCGGCGGAUGAUCCCGGACAGAAUAAAGAAAAUACAAAGCAUCAAGCAAUUAGCAAAACUCAGAAAAGUGAGAAUCAUCAGAGAGAAAGCAGAGAGUAUGGAGCUCUUCACUAAUCUGCUGCGCUGCAUCGAGAGAUGUCAGUCUGAGCUGCUGGAGAUGAUGGAGCAGAAGCAGAAAGCAGCAGAGAAGCAGGCUGAGGAGCUGAUUAAAGAGCUGGAGCAGGAGAUCACUGAGCUGAAGAGGAGAGACACUGAGCUGGAGCAGCUCUCACACACUGAGGAUCACCUGCACCUCCUACAGAUUUACCCAUCGCUGAGCAGACCUCCACACACCAGCAGCUCCACUGACAUCAGUUUUAGUGACACUCAGCUCAGUGUGGCGACCCUGAGGAAAACUCUGAUACAGCUGCAGGAGACUCUACAUGAGAAACUCAGUAAAACUGUACAACUGAAGAGGAUGCAACAGCACGCAGUGAAUGUGACUCUUGAUCCUGAUACAGCUAAUGCAAAACUCAUCCUGUCUGAUGAUGGAAAACAAGUCACAUGUGGAGACAUUAAGCUUAAAAUCCCAGACAACCCAAAGCGGUUUGACACUUGUUGCUCUGUCCUGGCGAAAGAAGGUUUCAGCUCAGGAAGAUUUUAUUUUGAGGUGCAGGUAAAGAGAAAGUCAGAGUGGGAUUUAGGAGUGGUCAGAGAAUUCUUUAACAGGAAGGGAAUGAUCACAGCAGGUCCUGAGUUUGGUCACUGGAUUAUAGUUCUGAGAGAUGAGAAUCACUAUAUGGCUUGUGAGUCUAUUCCUGUCUCUCUGUCUCUGAGAGUGAAGCCUCAGGUUGUGGGUGUGUUUGUGGAUUACGAGGAGGGUCUGGUCUCCUUUUAUGAUGUGGAAUCUAAAUCUCAUAUUUAUUCUUUCACUGGUCUGUCUUUCACUGAGAAACUCUUCCCAUACUUUAGCCCCGGUGAUAAAGACAAAGGUAAAACUGCAGCACCACUGAUCAUCUCACAUGUCAAACAAAAUAAAUGAAUUUACACCAUGAAUAGAAAUAUAAAAAUAAUGUAGUUUUAGUGCUACGAAUACUUGCUGUUGUUAAAUGAUGAAAUGUCUUUUUUUUCAUUUGGAAAGGUUUUCCAGUGUACAUUUUUCAUGUUUUCUCCAAAGCUUCAAAAAUAUUUCCUCAAGCUAUCUGCUUUUUGUUGCUGUAUCUGUGAAAGUGAAAUUAGUUCUAAAGUCCUCUGUUCACUAGAAAUGAACGGACCAUCAUGGGAAAAACAGGAAGGACAUUUUAACAGGCAGCAUAUUUAAUAUGAUGAGAUCUUCAUGUACGGUCUUAAUAUUCUUGAAAUUUCUUUAAAUAAACGCAUUUUAUUUCACCUGGUAAUAAA